AUGUCGAUCGUAGAUUCAUAUAAACGAUUCAUGGAGAGAAACAGUGAUCCUCGGACGGAGAACUGGUGGCUUAUGUCAGGACCAGGUCCGCUUCUCACGCUUUUAGCCACGUACCUUUACUUUUGCACGUCUGGGGGCCCUCGGUAUAUGAGAGAUAGGAAGCCGUAUUCAUUGAAAAACACUAUCAUUGUAUACAAUAUAUCACAAAUUCUGAUGAGCGUAUACUUGGUUUAUGAGGGUUUAGUCUCCGGGUGGUGGAAUGACUACAACUUUUCAUGCCAACCAGUGGACUAUUCUGACAAUCCAAAAGCACAUCGGAUGGCCGCAGCUGUUUGGUGGUACUUCUUCGCAAAAAUAGUGGAGUUGCUCGACACGAUUUUCUUUGUCCUUCGAAAGAAGAACAAACAGAUAACGUUCUUGCACAUCUACCAUCAUACCAUGAUGCCAAUUUGCGCAUGGAUUGGUACUAAAUUCUUACCAGGUGGUCAUGGAACCCUGCUCGGAGUAAUUAACUCUUUCAUUCAUGUUAUAAUGUACACAUACUACUUAAUAUCUGGUCUUGGACCGGAAUACCAAAAAUAUGUAUGGUGGAAGAAGCACUUGACUUCUCUUCAGUUGGUACAAUUCUGCAUCAUUUUCUACCAUAACUUCCCCGUCAUGUUUUCUGACUGCAACUACCCUAAGUUUAUAAACUUCCUUCUAGCCCUUAAUGCUGCUGCUUUCCUAUACAUGUUCGGAAACUUUUACUUCAGAAGUUACAUUAAAACUGAAUGUACCCAAAAAAUAGAAAAUGAAUCUAUCAAAAAUGUAGAAAACGAUACUACAGUAGUAAGUAAUAGCAAACAGAAAGAAUGC